GACUAGUAAGUCCAUCCUAGUCAGUGCUUCAAUGUUACUUCCUUGAGGAUUACUCAGACACGGGGAGUAUGAACAGAAGGAACCAACAAGCCCGGAUGAUGUGUAAGGUUUUCUUCGCACACUGAUACCCAUCAUAUGCAGGGUCACCGUGAAUGUCAUUGGGCGCGAUGGCAGUCAAUCCACAAUGAAGGGCAAGGUCGGCGACAAUUUGAUGUAUCUCGCUCAUCGGCACAAUGUUGAGAUUGAGGGCGCUUGUGAGGCAUCCUUAGCUUGUUCAACCUGUCAUGUGUAUGUCAGCUCUCCCUACUAUGACAUGUUGCCGGAGCCUGUGGAAGAAGAAGAGGAUAUGCUUGACUUGGCCGUGUUUCUCCGAGAUAACUCCAGAUUAUCCUGUCAAAUCUAUCUCACCAAGGAAUUGGAUGGGAUGACAAUUACUUUGCCGAAAGCAACUCGGAAUUUUUAUGUAGACGGACAUGUACCAAAGCCACAUUAAUCAGUGGAAGCAUAACGUGUAGCAGAAUUUUUUCAACCCUUAUUUCUUUUUAUGAAUCCGACAGUGCCAAAUAAACUCUUACAUUUCUGUGUAAAUUACUGUCUUGUCUUGCAGCAUGUCUUGGUGUUUUUUUGGAGCUAGUCGAUUUCUUCAUUUGGAAUGUGAUCAUUUUUGGCUGAGCG